GUGGAAGCGGACGAAGGCGAAGCCGCGGGACUCCUUGGUGUAGCGGUCCCGCGGGAUGUACACGUCGCCGACGCGCCCGUACUUCUCGAAGACGCGCCUCAGGGUGUCGGGCGAGGUGCGCUAUGGUCCUCGUGGAGCAGACGGGAGCAGCAAGGCCGCCGCAGAGCACCCUCACGGGAAGGACUCCUAAGCAGCAACUAACCGGGCGGGCGGGCCCCAGCGCGCAUUUAUAUCCACCCUCACAAAAUGGCGCCCGCGCCACCCGGAAAUGAAUCUCCUGAUUGGCUGAUUCGGCCGCGUUGCGUAACGUCGCUGCCGCGCGCCCCGCCCCCCUCCCGAGCGCGCCUGCGCACAGCGCGGCGGGCGGGCUGGAAAGCGCGCAGUCACUGCCGUGGGGAGGGAGAGCGGCCCGUGCGGACAGUUAGAAAGCCCGCCAAAUGCUCGCCCGUGGGCGAGGCCCGCGAGGCCCGGGGGGAAGGGGAAGAACUAAAUUGUAUGGAGGGAGGAAGAGGAAGCGCUCCCCAUCAGGGUCCCGCCCUCUUCUCCCACGCCAAUACCCGGGCUCCACGCGCCGUUCCGCCCAACCAUCAGCCCCGCCUGUCCGAGGGGGUGCUUGUGCUCCCUUUUGCCUUUCUGUGUCUGGGGCCACCUCACGUUCCCCUCUCCCGCCGCUCUUCACUUAGGCUUGCUGCGUCGGGCUACCUUAGUUUCACUCCUCGGGGCCUUUUCUCUCCCCGAAGGGACGGGUAGUAUAAACCUAAAGCACGCGAUAGCCAACAGCGUGCAGGCGAAGUCCUACCCCAACCCCCACGGGGCGCCCUGGACUACAUUUCCCGGCGGGCCCUGCGCCCACAACUUGGUCAGCUGAGCGGUCUCGUGAUCUGCUGACUGUCAGGGGGUUCGACUGGAGGAGGAGAGGCAACUGUCCUGGGCCGCUGCUGACCUCCGAGCAAGCGGAGCCAAAAUGUCCCCGGAAUCUAAAAAGCUUUUCAACAUCGUUAUUUUAGGAGUUGCCUUUAUGUUUAUGUUCACCGCCUUUCAGACUUGUGGAAAUGUGGCGCAAACUGUCAUCAGGAGCUUAAAUAGCACAGAUUUUCAUGGCAGUGGAUAUACCAGCUUGGCAAUUAUUUAUGGCGUGUUCUCUGCUUCAAAUUUGAUCACCCCGUCCGUCGUCGCCAUUGUCGGACCUCAGAUCUCUAUGUUUGUCAGUGGUUUGUUUUACAGCAUGUACAUUGCUGUUUUUAUCCACCCUUUCCCAUGGUCCUUCUACACAGCAUCUGUCUUCAUCGGAAUCGCAGCUGCUGUCCUUUGGACAGCACAAGGAAAUUGCCUGACAAUAAAUUCUGACGAGCACACAAUCGGGAGAAACAGCGGAAUUUUCUGGGCUCUCUUACAGUCUAGCUUGUUCUUUGGAAAUCUCUACAUAUAUUUUGCCUGGCAAGGGAAAACCCAGAUUUCAGAGAACGACCGAAGGACAGUGUUCAUUGCGCUGACAGUCAUAAGCCUCGUGGGGACCGUUCUGUUCUUUCUCAUUCGGAAACCAGAUCCUGAGAAUGCCCUUGGAGAAGAAGAGUCUUUCGAUGACCAGGACAUGGAAGCUGCCGAGUCCACCCAGAACAAUGUGACAAAGGCAGUCGAUGCGUUUAAAAAGUCUCUGAAGUUGUGCGUCACCAAGGAGAUGCUCCUUCUGAGCGUUACGACUGCCUACACAGGUCUGGAGCUGACCUUCUUCUCUGGGGUGUACGGAACCUGUAUUGGGGCAGUAAACAAAUUUGGGACAGAAGAGAAAAGCCUCAUUGGACUUUCUGGAAUUUUCAUCGGCAUUGGAGAAAUCUUAGGUGGAAGCCUCUUUGGCCUGCUGAGCAAGAGCCAUCGCUUCGGCAGGAACCCAGUCGUGCUGCUGGGCACCCUGGUGCACUUCGUAGCCUUUUACUUGAUCUUUCUCAACAUGCCCGGAGAUGCGCCCAUCGCCCCCGUGGAAGGGACGGACAGCAGUGCGUACAUCAGGCCCAGCAAAGAAGUUGCUAUUCUCUGCAGUUUUCUGCUGGGUCUGGGAGACAGCUGCUUCAACACCCAGCUGCUUAGCAUUCUGGGUUUUCUCUACUCGGAAGACAGCGCGCCUGCCUUUGCAGUCUUUAAGUUUGUUCAGUCCAUCUGCGCAGCCAUGGCCUUUUUCUACAGCAACUACCUCCUCCUCCACUGGCAGCUCCUGGUCAUGGUGAUAUUUGGGUUUUUCGGAACCAUUUCUUUCUUCACUGUGGAAUGGGACGCUGCCGCCAUCGUGGCUCGAGGCUCCGACUACCGAAGCAUUUGAUGAGACCAUCGGCUCCAGGAAACACAGCUGGCCACGUGACAGCUGGUCACGUGACAGCUGGUCACAGCGACCGCCUGUCAGUCUCAUAAUCGCUGGACGAUGCUGAGUGUGGAAAGGGAGACCCGAGACUGUUAAAUCAGGCAGGGUUGGUAGUAAAGUUUACAGAUCCUAGCGGCUCAUGCUAGCGGAGAGAGGGAAUCCCGCUCUGUCAGUUACAACUGUUCCAAGAUGUUUGUCCACCCCCUCCCUCAGUUCCUCACAGUCACGGUUCCUCCACCCUCAUUCUCAUGGAAAGAUCCUGCCUGGCUCGCCAUGUGUCACAGGAUUCUUGCUGGCUAUGGAGUAUGUUUCACUCUUUUUGACAUAGGAAGCAGAUGCCAGUCCCUGUGUGGAUCUGGGAAUGACUUUCCGAUACACAGCAGGGAUGCUGACACACAGUUGUUUUGAGACAGGAUCUCACUGCCUAGCCCAGGCUGGUCUUGGACUUGCAGCCCUCCCCCACCUCCAGUGUUGGCGUUAUCCUAGGUGCCCGACACAGGAUUUAAAGCACUCCAGUCAUUUUGAGUUAGGAUCUUGAUAUGCAGCCGUGGCUGGCCUGGACUUUGUACACCAGGCAAUGUUCCUGCCUUUGUCUCCCGAGUGCCGGGGUGGUGAGAAUAUGCUGCCACAUACCGCUUGGCUGAGACCUCAACUUCUCUUUAAAUGCUUUGUUAAACAAGUCUUACCUUGUCACUCCCAGCAAGGGGUUAUGUGUCAUGAGGUAAAGACUGUGUCAUUUGUCAAUUAAUAAAAGUAUUUAGAGAAGGAAAGAAUA